AUGUUAUAUACUGUAAGUAAGCUUGUGAAGGCCUGCAGAAGACUAUUUUGGUUACUUCUUAGUGCAAUCCUAUUAAUAAGAUUAAGCUGUUUAGCUACUGAAACUGACUCCAUCUCGGAGGGCUCAACUGUUGGUUUAAUUAUACAGUCUGAUGAAGAUUCAAAUAUUGCUACUUUCAUAGAUAUGCUAUCAUUAUUGAAGCCUGUUAUAUUAUCAAAGCAUACCCAAGACUUAAACGAAAUAUCCAACAUAACUAAAUCAAUUAGUGCUGAAAAUAUUAAACUAAGUAAUAUGGAUCCUAAAUUGUCAGAUAUAUCUAUAAAUCAAACUCAGGAGAAUAUAUUUGAAAAUACGAACACAAAAUCUGAGGGUAAUAUGACACAUGUUGGAUCUUCCACUAUACUAAAACCAACUGAAGUUAAAAUAUCUUCUGAAUUAUAUAACUCUGGAAACCAUUAUACAUGGGAAGAUAUAAUUCAAAUAGAUAACUCUCGACAUAAAAAUACAUCAGAAUGUAGUAAACAAGGGAUUAAACUCCAAGAUAAUACUAUUUUUAUAUCUUGUAUUAAACCCACAGAAAUGCAAUCACCAGGGAAAAUAAAAUUUGAAGAUAAAUAUAUUCAUUUGUAUAGGCAGUCAGGAGGUACAGUUGCAAAGCACAAAUUUAAUGUAAGAGGGGAGCUUACACAGAGAUCAAAAACUUGCAAAUACCCUAACAAAGUAUUAAGUAAACCUAAUCCCAACAUUAAAAAAAAUUUGAAUCACCAAAAUUAUUUAAGAUCUAUACCAUACAAUAGGAGAAAUAGAUAUAUAGAUAAUUUGGAGAAAAAGAAGAAUUUUAUUAAAUAUAAUAGUGUCAAAUUCUUUAUUGACCAAAAUCCAAUUGUGAUGAAUACAAUACUUCAUGUGAAACCUGCAUCUGAGAGCUAG